AUGGAAUUAACUCAAGAUACUAAUAGCGUCUAUUAUCUUCAUCCAUCUUAUAAUACUGGCAUGAAACUUGUCACAACUCCUUUUAAUGGAAGUUCUUAUGCAAACUGGAAGCGAUCUAUGGUUAUAGGUCUCACUGCUAAGAACAAAAUGUGUUUCAUCGAUGGAUCUCUUCUCAAACCUGAUCUUCUUGAUAACUCUUACAAGUCCUGGUGUCGCUGUAAUAGCAUGAUCAUCGUCUGGUUGAUCACUGCUUUGGAACCUCCAAUUGCUGCUAGUAUCUUGUAUGUUGACACUGCAAGAGAUAUUUGGAUCGAUUUAGAGGAACGAUUUGGACAAGUCUCUUCUGCACAGAUCUAUGCUUUGGAACAAGAAAUUUCACAGGUUUCUCAAGAGAAUAUUUCUCUAUCUGAUUACUACACUCAACUGAAGAAGGUUUGGGAUGAAAUUGACAAUUUGAAGCAACUGCCUACUUGUGAAUGUGCUAAUUGCACUUGCAAUCUCACACAGAAAGUGCUCAAAUUAUAA